AGAAGAUAUUGCGCAUGCCCUUAUUACAGCUGUUUCAUUAUCAGAAAACGUAAACAAUUUUUUGUUGCAUAGGGCCUAGUAACGUCAGUAGUCUUGGUCGACUUCGGAAAAAUUUCUUCAGUUGGCCAAGUAGUAGCCUACUCAUUUGUCAGCAUCGGUGAUGCAUUGAUCUGUUACAUACAUGUACUGUCGUAUGGUGUAGGUGCAAAAUGUUGGAUUUAGAAGUCGUUCCGGGCCGAUCCCUCGGAAGUGAAAACUGGGAAUUCGUACUCGGAAUGCCAUUUUCGCAGGCAGUCAACAUCCUACGUCGUCAAUGUCGCAUCAUCAAGGACGUGCAGGUUAUCUACUGUGAGUUGGUCCCCCUGGCCAUUGAUCUAGUGCUAAAUCUUGUCCAAGAUGGAAUACGUCUCAUCUUUGAUUCACACAUGCAACGCCUACGUGUCAUUGAGGUAUACAACCUCAGCAAAGUCAAACUGAAGUAUUGUGGAAAGCAUUUCAGUUCACCCUACGUCCAGCCAACCAUUGAACAAGUGGACAGUUCCUUUGGGGCCACCAAGCCAGCCGUGUACGAUGCCCAGCAACAACUCUUCUCCAUCAACUUCCGUGGUCUAUCUUUCCUCUUCCCCAUCGCAGAAGAUGCAAAGUUUGAACCAAGUGUUCAUGGCCUGGGAUCCAUCCCCCUACCCAGUAAGAAUUCUGUCUUGGUCAGUCGUAUCUACAUCUACACCGGAAGCAGCCUCGCUGAAUCAAAGCGGCCGCCAAUUCCUGUGAGUUCCUUCUGCGGAAAUGUCUUCUGUGAGGCAGUAGAGGGAAUCAAUGAAGACGGACUACCAGUUGGUCUGAAAUUCUCUCUGCUGACUGAUGGUCCCGGGGGUGGCAAGUCACCAGAGUCCAAACAUCGUCCAGUCACCAAGAUGCUUCAGUUUGGAGACUCCACCCAGGAUGUAAUCAGUGCCCUUGGAUGUCCCAGCAAGGUCUUCUACAAGUCUGAGGACAAGAUGAGGAUCCAUUCCAAGACAUUCCACAAAGACCAACCCAGAACCUCUGACUAUUUCUUCAACUACUUCACCAUAGGAGUGGAUAUCUUGUUUGAUGCUUCCACUCACUGUGCUAAGAAGUUCAUACUACACAGCAACUACCCUGGGCAUUAUAACUUCAAUAUUAUUUGGUCAUACAGAUACCAACUUCAGUAUUGUAAUAAUAUUAUCCAACGUGAAAUGUUAUGGUUACAGUGGGACUCCAUUAAGAAAUUCCUGGUGAGGUCUUCCCAGAAGCCAGUAGUCUUGAAUCGAGCCUCUUCUAUGAACACGACCAAUCCCUUUGGCUCCACUUUCUGCUAUGGUGUGCAUAACGUCAUAAUUGAGGUCAUGCCAAAUAACCAUAUAGCUUCACUGACCAUCUGUGAGCCUCGCCAACCAAUAGGAACACCCAUAGACUCAUGAUUCCACAUGGAGAACGUGUGUCACUCUUCAAAGGCUUUGAAUUUUAAUUUGUAAUGAAUUGAUAUCUCAGCUGUCCAGACAGCAAGCGAACAUUUCAGUUAAAAAGGUGAUCUUCAAGAUUCCUUUCCAUGUGCGUGAUACCGGGCAAGACAUUUAAUCUCUGCUAAUGUGAAAACAUCCACUCGCCCAAUGUUUCUUGGUGUAUCAUGUACGUUGCAAAAAUACUGGAAAUAUUUUCUCCAGUACAAAUCCAAUUGAACUUAGGAAAUAUGUUCAAAACGUUUUCCGUUUUCAAACAUUCACCACAGGUUGUCUUAAGUGCAAGAUUUGAAGGGGCAUUUAUAAAAUCCAAUUUUUAUGUCAUUCACAAAGUAUUUUGUUGAUGGACAUGUAGGCUUUUUGCACUUGCCUUCGGCACUGGGUACAGACCUGGAUUUUAGUAAUGAUUUAUAAACCCUACGUGCUGUGUAGAAGAUGAUGAGAAGGUAUUUGUACAUAUCAUGGGGCAACUUAAAAGUCUCUGUAGGAUUUAUGCUGUGCUGCUUUUUGUACAAGCAGUGAACAGAAUGAGCAGCAACAUGCAACAUACUUGAAAUGAAGGGGAAGUCAUAUGGCGUAUCUGUCUCCUCAAAGCUACUUUGAGGAAGCCACUCACUAAACUAUAACAGCUGUGGCUUCUUCUUGUAUGCGUAUGUUUCUCUUAGCCACGGUGGGUUGGGAUGGUAAUUUUCAUUUGGCUUGGCCUACCACAGUCGUGACUUCAUCAUUACUGAUGGUGCACUCGUAGCCUACCUCAACUCUCUCUCCCUCAGGCGUGCCCCUUUCCUCGCAACGCCCAUGUGCACAAAGAAAAGCAAAGAAUUUGUAAUAAAUCUGUCAUAUCUAUCAUAUCUUCUUCCUGAUAUCAGCCUGGCAGUUCUAGUAUGCAGAUGUUGACUGCUUUGAAUAGCAUCGUGAAAUCUUGAACAUUCCAUUUUCUUGUGGUCAAAGGAAGAUGGAAUGCUUCAGAGACCAUUAAGGAAAGCUACUUUUUACUAUACCAACAAGUGAAAGUCAUCAGUAUUUGAACAUCUCAUCCUUGAUUUUUUCGCAGUUCAGGAGAUCAAACCAAAAGAGCAAUGCAAACUCACCUGUGUUUCCAUUGGAAAUUUAUUCCCAAAUUCAACAGCACUUUCCCCACCCAACCCUCAAUGAAAUAUUUGUAGCCCAACUUUGUGAUGCGUCAUAAAAAAAUGCUUCAUGCUGAAGCACACUUUCAUUCAGAUUGACCUUUAGUUGCUAAUAAUAAAAUACAUGGGGUUGUUAUGUGUUUAGUAGUUACAUGUAGUCUGUUCUGGGUAAAAAGGGAAAAAGAUGGAUAUGCUAUGCUGUCGGCCAAUCAGGAGACAGAAUAGUGGGUGAGGUUUGAUAAUCGAUGGAUCUACAUGAUUGGUUGAUAGCACUACCAUCUGUCAAUUACAGUGCCAUCAGCCUGUCAGUCACCUUUUUCUAAAAAUAAAAGUUGAACAUUUCCUAUAUUAAUUCUUGAAUCAGCUGAUGCAGGGCAGGAUUGACUGAUAGCGUAGAGCAAUCAACCAGUAUUGCACAUCCAUCAAUUGUACCUAACUUUUCCAUUUAAAUUUGCUACAUUUGGUACAAGUAACCAUAAAGCUUUUGUCCAAUGGCUAAAAUGCUGUGCAUUUGGGCCACUUCUAUAGCAAAUAAUCUACUGUCAUGUGCUUGUGUAUAAUGUAAAAGUGUGGAAGAAUUGGGGAUUUGAAUGAGUCAGUUUUUACCUCUAGACUGAAAAGCAGGGUGUAAAUGCAUGUUUCAGUUACAUGAAGUUAUCAAACUUUAUUGUAAAAACGAUCGCAAAUCUUUAUAAUGAUGCAUCAUUUGUUGCACGUAACUUAUUGGUUAUUAGUUAAUAUAUAAUUUAUUCUUGAAUUACUUUGCCAGUUUGUAAGUGUUAAAUAGAAUCUGAAAUUCACUGAA